CGCUUCCGUGUUGUUAUCGGUUGUUAUUCUGGACAAAUAGCUAGCUAAGUACUUGACCCAAAGCGGGAUUGCUAGCCAGUUAUUUGGUGGUUAAACCAUAAUGGUUUUGUAGGAUCAAUACAUAGUAUAGUUUUAUUCGCCAGAAUGUCGUUGCUACAAGGCUCCAAGAAAAAGGACAAACGUAUUUUGUCCGGUACCUGCCCAGACCCAAAAUGCCAGGCGAGGCUAUUCUUCCCUGCUUACGGCUCGAUUAGCAUUGAAUGCACUGAGUGUGGCCAACGCCACGAACAGAAUAAUCUUUUAAAUGUGGAAGAAGUAACUGAUCCAGACGUUGUGCUUCACAAUUUGUUAAGAAAUGCCUUACUUGGUGUCACUGGGGCCCCGAAGAAGGGAACCGAGCUGGUGAAAGUGAUGGGGCUUUCCAACUACCAUUGCAAGCUCCUCUCUCCUAUUCUCACAAGGUAUGGAAUGGAUAAGCAGACGGGAAAAGCGAAACUGCUGCGGGAAAUGAAUCAAGGAGAAAUGUUCGACUGUUCACUUCUAGGAGACAGGGCGUUUCUAAUUGAACAGGAGCAUGUAUCUACAGUUGGCUAUGGCAAGGACAGAUCCGGGAGCCUGAUAUACCUUCAUGACACUUUGGAGGAGAUGAAGAAAGCGAACAGCAACAAAGAAUGCCUAAUUCCUGUUCAUGUGGAUGGAGAUGGACAUUGCCUUGUUCAUGCUGUGUCCAGGGCCCUGGUAGGCAGAGAACUGUUCUGGCAUGCGUUGAGAGAGAAUUUGAAACAACAUUUCAAACAAAACCUGGAUCGUUACAAGGCACUCUUUCAGGAUUUUAUUGAUGCAGCCGAAUGGGAGGACAUCAUCAACGAAUGUGACCCUCUGUUUAUCCCACCGGAGGGUGUGCCACUGGGACUUCGAAACAUUCACAUAUUCGGCUUGGCCAAUGUGCUGCACCGCCCCAUAAUCUUGUUAGAUUCACUGAGUGGAAUGAGGAGCUCCGGGGAUUACUCUGCAACUUUUCUCCCAGGGCUCGUGCCGGAAGAGCAGUGCAAAGGAAAAGAUGGGAAGUUCAACAAGCCUAUAUGCAUUGCCUGGAGUAGCUCAGGGCGUAACCACUACAUCCCUCUCGUCGGGAUAAAGAACACUCUCCUCCCCAAGCUGCCACCAAGGCUACUCCCCAAGGCCUGGGGAGUGCCACAGGAGCUCAUCAAGAAGUACAUAAAGCUGGAACAAGACGGGAGCUGUGUCAUUGGGGGAGACAGGAGCUUACAAGACAAGUAUCUGAUGAGACUGGUCAAUGCCAUGGAGGAAAUCUUCAUGGAGAAGCAUGGCAUCCACCCCUCCCUUGUGGCAGACGUGCAUCAGUACGUUUACAGACGGACCGGUGUGAUCGGUGUCCAACCCGAAGAGGUGACGGAGGCUGCCAGGAAAUCAGUCAUGGAAAACCGGCUACAUCGCUGUCUGAUCUGCAAUGCACUCUCUGAGCUUCAUGUUCUACCUGAGUGGCUGGCUCCAGGUGGUAAGCUCUACAACUUGGCUAAAUCCACCCACGGGCAGCUCAGACCUGACAAGAACUACAGCUUCCCGCUGAACAACGUAGUCUGCUGUUACGACCCUGAGAGGGACAUCCUCAUUCCUGACUACAAGCUGAGCUCUUUGAACACCUGCAACUGGUGCCAUGGCACCUCAGUGCGCCACAUCCAUGGCAACGGCUCUGUGGUGUAUCUGGAUGGAGACAGAACCAACACCCGCUCCCAGGGGGGAAAAUGUGGCUGUGGCUUUAAGCACUACUGGGAGGGAAAGGAGUACGACAAUCUGCCAGAGGCUUUCCCCAUCACUCUGGAGUGGGGUGGGCGAGUCGUGCGGGAGACUGUGUACUGGUUCCAGUAUGAGAUGAAUGUGGACCUGAACAGCAACGUGUAUGAUGUUGCCAUGAAACUGGUCACCAAGCAUUUCCCUGGGGAGUUUGGGAGUGAGCUCCUGGUGCAGAAAGUGGUGAACACCAUCUUACAUCACACUGCCAAAAAGAACCCAGACGAGUAUAACCCAGUCUCCAUUGACGGGGCGCAUGCUCAGAGGGUCACAGACGUGGUGGAAACCCAACAGGCUGUUGACACACAGCCACCGACUAAGAUCAUACUAACUGGGCAGAAAUCAAAGACCAUUCACAAAGAGGAGCUUACGAUGAGUAAGGCAGAGCGGAGCCUUCAGCAAAGCAUCAGCGAGCAGGCCCUAGUGACCCAGAAGAGGAGGACAGAUCGACUGAAGCAGAAGGGACAGGGCAGGCCACCCUCCCCAAGUGCUGCUCAGGAACCUUCUUCCUCCUCCGCCCCAGCCACGCCCACCAAAUCCUCCUCCUCCUCCACUGCCAGUAAGGAGAAGAAGAUCCGUGUAACCACUAGCGAUGGGCGGCAGGCCAUGCUCACUCUACAGGCUCAGACCACCUUCUCCGAGCUCCAGAGGAGCAUUGCUAAUGAGUUCACCGUGCCUCCAGCCCAGCAAUGUAUCCGACAUGGGUUCCCUCCCAAAGAACUUUUCCCUCCCAAGGAUGGAGAGGAGAAUGAGCCUGUGGCCCUCCAACACGGGGACAGGGUGACUGUGGAGAUCCUGAGAGGUCCAGAGGACCGCAAGGCAUCCGCCCCAAGCGCUUCCAGUUCCUAUUCAUCCCUGCAUUCCCUCCUCUCUGUGAAGAGUGAUGAUCCAGUGACUUCCAGCAGAAUGAAUACUAGCAGAGAGCUGCAGGACAAUAUUGACCUUGAGAUGUCCUCCCUCUGUCUCCUAGCAACCUUAAUGGGUAAGAAAGGGGAAAGGUUUUAGUUUAAGUCAAUAGUUAGUUAGGCUAUCUUUAUCUUUACAUUCUAUAAUUAUUUACUGCUACAAAAGACAGACAAUCUAGCAACACAUAAGUGACAUAGGAGUUAAGCAGAACACAGCUGUGAUGUCAUUACAAAAAGUCUAAAAUGACUGGCUGUAGAGGGAGAACUUGUUUGAUGAUUCUCCUUUUAGACUAGGCCUAUAGUUCCAGGCAUAUUAGUUAUCAAGUCUUAGAAGCGUCGUGCCUUAGAACAUCCCUUCAGUAAAUAUAAGGCCAGCAACUGAAUGUGAUAGGUGUGAGAGUGACAGGCUAGUAUAUAGGCGUCCCAGACAGUAGCUUUACACAGCAUAAGGGCAUGCUGUUCUUGGAUUAGUUACAAGAAGCAGGAUGAAUGACAAAGUAGCCUACUACAGGUGUUGAGUGACUGGGUGGGCUUGCCAGGGAUAGAUCAAGGCCCAAUCUUUGGGGAUAAUGACUUUUUUCCACUUGAAAUAAUUAUAAUCUACUCCAAGUGCUUUUUGUAUAGCCUACAUCAGCAACAUGGCAUUUGGUAUUCAUUGAAAUGCGUGCAGCAGCAGUCUCAGGAAGAGAGAAGAGGGUAGAUUUGAUAUCCACCUCGCCCUACCAAUUUUUUUUUAGCGAUGGUGGGGGAAUCGAUACAGUUACAUAUCGGGAUAUUAUUUUUGACGAUAUAUCGUAUAGUUUUUACAAUAUAGCAAUAUUAUUUUUGCGCUAGUUGGCUGUAUCUGCACCUAAACUCCAGUAUUUUUCCUUCAUAGCUUGUUCUCCAUCUUCUUUUUAAAUAGGGAGCCAAUUUGUUUUCAGCCCUUUAUUUCCAUGACUGAUCAAAACUCAUUUUCUCAUGUCUGUCUCUUGUCGAAUCACAGUAAAACCACAGUAUCAAAUCGCAAUACAUAUAGAAUCGUAGUACAUAUCGUAUCGGCAAUUCCCAGCCCUACUAUUUUUACUACAUAAUUAGAAUUUUGAUCAAAGGCACACAUUUCUCUGAGGAAUUUUUGUGUAUUAAUUUAUUUUCAUGUUUCAAAUGCUAAUUGCAGUAUGUUUUAUUCCUAUUCAGGAGAAGAUGUCUGGUCAUAUGCCAAAAAACUGCCUCACUUAUUCCACCAAGGUGGAGUUUUCUACAACAUUGUGAAGAAAGAUAUGGGUAUGUAUUCAUGUUUUCUGUUAUAGGCUUUAUGCUCUUAGCAAUUUGUGUAACUUAAAUGACAGCUACGGUAUAUUAGACUUUGCAUGUGAUAUGUACUGAUCUGUGUUUAUGACCACCUAUAAUGGCUCUUGUCUCGUCUGCAGGCCUGAUGGAUGGCAAGCACUGCACCCUCCCACACCUGACUGGAAAGACGUUUGUUUACAACGCAGCAGAGGAGCGUCUGGAGCUGUGUGUGGAUGCAGCUGGACAUUUCCCUGUGGGCCCUGACGUGGAGGACCUCGUCAAGGAGGCCCUGGUGCAGCUCCACUCUGAGGCUGCCUCCAGGAGUCGCGAGGGAAGCCCCUCUCACAGCAUGCUGAGGCUCGGGAGUGGAGGUGUGGUGCGCAAGAAGGAGCAGCUCCAGAGUGUCAACGCCUUCCAGGGUAAGGGCCACUCCCUGGGCAGCGCCCCAGGCGGCUCUCCCCCUGAACACAAGCCCAUCACCAGGCAGCACAGCAGCGGGGUGGACCUGAGCGCCAGCGCCUCCAAGGGACCCGACCUCUCUGACAUCUCAGAGGACGCGACCAAGAAGCUGGUGCGCAUGGCUCCCGGUUUUGUCACCAUGAAAGACAGCCGACACCUGGACCCUAGUAUGAUCGAAGAGCAGAGGAAAAAACUACAGGAGAUGGUCUCAUCCAUCCAAGCCUCCAUGGACAGGCACCUGAGGGAGCAGAGCAAUGCAGGGGCAGGCACUGGGGGCCCUGCAGAGAGGACAAGUGGGGCUAAGAUGAGUGCUUCCCAAUCUGCCCCAGGGGCAGGCGACAAGGAGGCCUCUUCAAUGGACGUAUCUACUGCUGGUGCUCAUGGCACACCAGUGGAGGCAGGGAACAUGCCUGAUGGAAAAUAUGCAGAGUCAGAGGAGCUGGAGGAAAUGGAUAGCCAGGAUGCAGAGCAUACCAAUGCCCUGGAGCCAAUGGAUCAUUCCUGAUGGCAAAAGGGCCUGGUCCUAUACUUUUCUCAAUCAUGAUCAGUCACCCCUCUAUCUGGUUGGCAUUAGUGUGGGAAUGCUUCAGGUUGUAUCCAAGCUUUGGUAUUCAUUGUGUUUUGUUGUCUUUACUGCAUGAUUGACAAAGAGGUUGACCGUUUCUGCCUUUGGUGACAGUCUAAUGCUAUUAUACAGAAACAUGCACCAAGAUCCAAGGAGCAAUGCUGGUUCUUGUGUGUGAAAUGCAUUCCUGUACAUGUCCUCCAAGUCUUAA